AUGGCCAAGGUGACUCAGUCACUUGCAGGAGUUGAUCAAGAUGGUUGUAUUACCUUGACAUAUAAGAAUGGUGGAAGAGCUGUGUUAACCUACAGCACACUGUUUACAGGAAAGAACCAAGCCACAAUAUUUGGUUCUAAAGGAGUUAUGAAGCUGGAGGAAAGUUUCUGGUGUCCACGAGAAGCCACUCUGCCAUCUGGUAAAGUUAUCAAUGAAAUACCAACUGGUCCAGUAUCGUAUAAUUUUCUCAAUGGUGGGGGUCUACGGUUUGAGGCAGAUUGUGUGAAGGAAUGUCUUGAAGCAGGCAAGCUAGAGUGCAGUGAGGUGUCAUUCGCUGACAGGCAAGCUUUGUAUCACAUUAUCGAUGAAGUUGUGAAGCAGUAUGGGAGGAAUGUGAAAUGGUGAAUGAUGUUUAAUUUCUGAAUUGGAUUCGGUGAUACCAACAGAGUUACACCCAAUCAAUAUUAAUAAUAAUGAUUGGUUUUAUAUAGUGCUUUUUCCAACGUAUGCUGCUCAAAGCGCUUUACAAUGCAUUAAUAUCCCGGGAGACCUUAUAUCAAUCUAGAACUUUCUCAGCCUCAUAGGAAGCAUAUAGUGCAAGCAGCCAUUACAAGCGAUAGAGCACUAACAUUCUAACAAUAUCUUUCACUGUCUAUAGCCAUGUACCCCUUUUACACUUGUGUGGAGUGAGGAAAUUCAUGUAAAGUGCCUUUCCCAAAGACACAACGUCGUGUCAAUAUUGUGAUAACUGCAGCAUCAUUUGUUCUAAGGGUGAUAUAUCUUGGACAUUGGCUAGUGGUGGUGAGGUGUAUAUUGACUACGGUACUUUUUCUUAAGGAGUAGUAACACUUUAUCACAAUUUUUUUCAAUUGAUAGUACAUGUAAUAGCCAUAAUUGCAAAAAUAAAUUCAGAAAUAUGUAUCUGUCCUUUUAAAUUUCUUCACCUGUCUGGUUAAGUAUUUCGAUUAAACAAUUAAGCUGAUAAUCUGUAGAUUGUACAUUUGAAUAUAGCAGGAUUUUAAUUUUUUUUUAAUGAUUUUAUGAUGAUUUGCUAUGUAAUGCUACAUGUAAAUACCACAACAAUAUUACACUCAUACCUCCUUAAUGAAAAGUAUCAGAGGGUGCUAAUUUCAUUUACUGUGAAAGUGCUACUUCAUCAUUUGUGAUUUACAAUUUAUGAGAUCUCCUUCCAUUUGAAUGUAUAAUUUGUAAACUUACCUUGAUCCAGAUAUAAGUAGAAACAUGUCAUGUUCUUUGGGAUUAUUUUACUCAUUUGUGUCGCAAACUAUUGUCUGUAUAAUCUGUCUCUCUGUAUAUUCAUAUUAGCAUUAAAAUAUUCAUAGGAUUCUA